CGGUGCAUAGAAGUGUAGAUCUAUAAAUCUAGACGUGCUGGGAAAACAGAACCCCGAAACUGUGCGACUGGUAAACACAGGGCGUGUUGGCUCGACAGUAUUGAUUACACAAUCCCUGUAAGAUCUACACCGUGGGAUUAGUGGAGCUCUUUAUUGAAUCGUCACUCAACUGUAACGAAGUAGAAAGUGUUUACUUGACCCAAAUCGACAUUUCCAGGUCAUGGACAAGUUGGCCGUCGUCUUGUUCGUCUACACCAUGUCUUUCUCUGCGACAGCAGAUCUGAAUUUAGACUGGGAGAAACUUGAAGCUGAAAUAAUUGACCGAUAUCCUGGAUUCUUUUACACAAAGGAUGAAAUCAAUGUCGUUAGAAAUUAUGAAAAAAGAAGAAGAAAUGAAACUGUUGAUUUCCAUGGAUGCUGCAACUCCACCUCCAAGACAGUCAGCUACAAGACAUUGCCGGAUCUCAAUGAGAAAAAUGUCACUCUGGUGACUUUUCAAGGCAGGAAGCAGUAUUUUCCUUCGGAAACUUGCAGAUCCUUGCCGAACUGUAACACGUGUCCCUGCGGAUGCAGGAUGGUGUCCCGACCCUUCACAGCCUUAAUAGUUAACCCAGAGUAUCCCACAAAGAGCAGCAAUCCAGUUGUCCUAGACUUUGUGAUGGCCCCAACAUUCUGUCGAUGUUUCAACAAUGCAGCUUUACCAGAGACACAAGAAAGCUACUGCGGGAGUGGAGAUAAUAAAAAUAGUAGGCCUACCGGUACUCUAUCAUCCCAGGGCUCUGAGCUCUGAACUGUAGGACGUUUAGAGUUCUUGGGAAAGAGACUUGUUGUUGCGUUGUACGACCAGCAACGACUCAAAACAGCUUCACUCGUUCCCGAUAGGGCUACGAGUCACCUACAUACCUAAGAUACGACAUGUAAACAGCUUCACUCGUUGCAGAUAGGGUUACCAGACCCCUACAUGCUUAAAGAAGGUCAAAAAAGGAGGGCAUAGCCCUUACAAAGGACAAUAAAAGAGAUGACGACUUAAAAAAAAAACUGGAUUUAUUCUUCUUUGAUUAAACAUAUAUUAAAUCAUAGGAUGUAAUGUAGGCCUAUCAUUAUUACGUAUAUUUCUCAUAAGAAAGGACUUUUCAUUGUUCGCGCUAACAAUCGCGUGAAACUCUAUGCUUGACAUUUUCUUUAAACUGUACUUCUUGAGAACACCUCUCACUGAGACAAUGCAUUGUUAAAUUCUCACUUUGUAUAUUAUUGAUUUGGUUAAAAUGUUUUUAUUGUAAGUUGUACACCACCUUCCAUGCCUUCAUUUCGGAUUUUUGUUUUGUUUUAUGCUAGAACAACGGAUCCGCUAAAAUCUUCAUUGCAACUGAAGAUCUAUUUAAUCAAGGAAAACACAACGUCACUUCCUUUAGUUUAUACACCGGAUAAAAUAAAACGCUAGUUAUUUAUGGUUUAUCUGUUUAUCUAUAAAAAAAAAAUCUCCAAUGGAGAAAAUGUAUAUAGAGUUGAAUGAUUAUAUGUACUUAUGGCCUCAAUUUUCAUUAGGCCUAGAUCUACUAGGAUUUUCAAACAGGUUUUCUGCGCCAAGUUUUUUACAAAUGUCUUUUUGUCUGCUGGUCAGCGCAGAAUCAAAUUUAAAGCUCUUAGAUCGUAGCACAAGAUCAUUUUAUUUUAUUUACAAUAGAUCUUUCAUUAAAGUGUCGAUGACAUUAUUUUUCCUUUUUAAAAAUCAUCUUCUCCUACGAUUCAAGAGUUCAUUAGGCUACGUUGCGCCCCACAUUUCUCUAUAUUUCUUUCCUUUUCUCUUUAAAUGUCUUUUUAUUGCACAUCAUAAUCAUAAUGACUAAAGAUUUUAUACUCAUGUGAGCUUGCGCUCCCAGAGCUAGUUUUAUAGGCAAUUUUAGCUAGUUUUAUAUGUAUUUUUGUUGUAUAGGUUAGAUGUUUUUAUAUAUUUUAUUUUUAUAGCUUAGUGUCAGAUUUUAUAUUUGUACUUCCGCAUAUUUAUAUAGGUUAGUGCGGGAUAAGUAUAAAAGUGAUGUACUACAUGCUGUCUUAAAACAGUUGAGUGUACAUUUGACCAGUGGUCAGUACCAUAUCUGUCUGUGUGACAGCUGAAGAUCUUUGUGGUCUGUCGUCUAAUUAUUUUAUUAUUCUGUACCUGGGACGGCCUGUAAGUUUGCUAUUACUACUGCUUUUAACUGCUGUUUUAUCUUCUUCUUCUUCUUAUCUUAUAUAAUACAGACGUUACUUCAAAAAAGAAGAUGUUUUAAACUGCUAUAGAUGCUAUUGUUAUUGCUGCCUUGCUAUAAUUGCUGCUGUAGAGUUAGGGAAUCUUGGUGAAUCUAGUGUUAGUUUGUUUCUGUAGUGUUGCCUUAGGUUAGUUAAGCUUAGUGGCUUAGUUAUAGUACUUAUAGUCUAUUUCUGUUCUUAGUGAAUAGUAAGGUACUACUAAGGUGUUAUUGUUUUAUGUUAAUGUUAUGGUUGUAGUACUAGGGUAUCGUAGGUCUAGACUACUUUAUUGUAGUGUGUUUGUGUAGAUCUAGGUCUAGUGUGGUAGUUGUAGUUCUCUUUAGUUAGAUAAGUUGCUUUGAUCAGUUUGUGUUAGAUAGUUGGUUAGUUUGUUGGUGUUAGUAGUGUCGUAGAUUUAGAGGGUUAGUAGGCUAUUAGUUGUUUUCAUUGUAGUGUAUAUAUUAUAUUUAACUAUUGAUUUAUUUUUAUGUAAAUAAAGUAUCUUUUUGUUUUAUUUAA